AUGAUUCGAGAAAAACUAAAAGUAUCUACUCAGACACUACAGUGGAAGUGUGUUGAAUCAAGGGUAUACAGUAAGCGUCUUUAUUAUGGACGCUUUAUUAUGUCUCCACUUAUGAAAGGUCAAGCAGAUACAAUAGGCAUUGCAAUGCGAAGAAUUUUGCUCGGAGAAAUAGAGGGAACAUGUAUCACACGUGCAAAAUCUGAGAAAAUACCACAUGAAUAUUCUACCAUAAUAGGUAUUCAAGAAUCAAUACAUGAAAUUUUAAUGAAUUUAAAAGAAGUUGUAUUGAGAAGUAAUCUGUAUGGAACUCGGGACGCGUCUAUUUGUUUCAAAGGUCCUGGAUAUGUAACUGCUCAAGACAUCAUUUUACCACCUUCGGUGGAAGUCAUUGAUAAUACACAACAUAUAGCUAACCUAACAGAACCUAUUAAUUUGUGUAUUGAAUUAGAAAUUGAUAGAAAGCGGGGAUAUCGUAUAAAAACACUAAACAACAUUCAAGAUGGAAGUUAUAAUAUAGAUGCUGUAUUCAUGCCUGUUAGAAAUGCAAAUCAUAGUAUUCAUUCUUAUGUGAAUGGAAAUGAAAAACAAGAGAUACUAGUUCUCGAAAUAUGGACAAAUGGAAGUUUAACUCCUAAGGAAGCACUUUAUGAAGCCUCCCGGAAUUUGAUUGAUUUAUUUAUUCCUUUUUUACAUGCAGAAGAAGAAAACUUAAAUUUUGAAAACAAUCAACACAAAAUUACUUUGCCCCUUUUUACUUUUCAUGAUAGAUUGGUUAAGGAUAAACUAAGGAAAAAUAAAAAAGAAAUGAAAUUGAAAUCUACUUUUAUUGACCAAUUAGAAUUGCCUCCCCGAAUCUAUAAUUGUCUUAAAAAGUCCAAUAUACAUACAUUAUUUGAACUUUUGAAUAAGACUCAAGAAGACCUUCUGAAAAUUGAACAUUUUCGCGCAGAAGAUUUACAAAAUAUAUUAUUCAACUUUUUACAAAUCGAAAAGCAUUUUUUAUAA